GGGUUUAUUAGCAAGGAAGGCUCCUUCGUCUGGUCACGCGGCUGCUUGUUUUCCCUCGGAGGAGCUGGGAUGGAGGCAGAGAGGGAGGGAGAGGCCUGGCCUGGCACGCUGGGAGCUCGGGGGCACGGUGGAGUUGGGGUGCGUGGGGCUCUCCUCCAGGGAGCUCCUGCCUCCCGGCACUCCGGUCCAUUGCCUCGUUGCAUUUCCAUUUUCUGCUGGGAUUGCUGCAGAGCAUGGCCGGUCUGCUUCCCUGGACCAUGGUGGGACCAAGGAGAGGGAGGAAAUUUAGAGUCGUGCACGUGCACCCCAGAUGGGGCAAGGCUCCCAGGGAGAACCACUGGCCACAGGGUUGGCCGCCUCUCCGAUGAAUCAUUAUCAUCUGAAAAUGGGAGUUCAGUGGGGGGAUGUUUCGUCCUCCCCCACCAGACCCCCAUGACCACGAUAUACAAGAAGAUGGUGUAGGGAGCAUUGUCUGCCGGCUGGUUUCGGGUGGCACAGUCCUGCCAGCCCAUCCAUCUGGAGCAGCACCAUAUGCUUGGGACAGCCCCUCCUCGGCGUGGUUCAGGCAGGCUUUCAAGAUUGCUGCCCAGUGGGUCAACGUUCCUUCCCUACCGCCAAGCGUGGCACCCAGGAUGGCUCCUGCACGGCUUUGGGGGGGGGGUUAAUUCCUCAGCAGCCCGGCCAGGGCUGACAGGCUCCAUGCCGUGCACAGGGCAGGCAGCUGCCCCCGUGACCUCUGCUUCCUGUGCAGCAGGCAGUGGAAAAAGAACCCCUGGUUGUCAACGAGAACAUCUCCCGUGUUGAUGGAAAGUAAGGACCAAAGAGACCGUAUUUAGCACCUAGUUCUUAGAAGCUACGGGUUUGAAUGGUGUCUGUGAGUAAGCCCCGUGUGAUCUUUAAAUAGAAAGUGUACACCAAGUAGCCCCGUCUGACUCACGGGGAGCUUCAAAGUUCAGAGCAGGUACCAGGGAAUCCAUACUCCACUCUGAAAGGGGCACGGGCCAUGGGGGGUAACUGCAGAGAGGACCAGACUGUUCUGUCUAGUCCGGGGCGCAGGUGGGCUUGAGGGAGGGACGAGCGUGGUUCUCACAGUGAGCAGCAGAACACGGGAUUGAGUGCGGUGUUGGGUACAGCCAGCCUCACGAGCAUCUUGGCUGGAUUCUGUUUCCGUUCCAGCACUCUCUCGGACACAUUGCUUUAAUAACAGAAUCGGAGCCUUGAAGGCAGGCGGCCUGGGGCAGGACCCCCCAGGUGGUUGUGGGAUCGUGCAUCAUUAAACUUCAUUUUUUACCUCCCCCAAAGCCCUGUUUCUUUAAAGCCGCUUCAGAGCCUCCCGCAGAGCUUGAAUUCUUGAUGCUUCUCUUAGAGCAGUCAGAUCGGCUGCCGCGAGAGGCGAGAGGAAUGCUGCUGUGUCUGCGUGCGUGUGCGCUGUAUCUCGCCUUCCCCUGCGCACAGCCGGAGCCUCAGCGAGACCCUCCUGGCAUGCGGGCCGGGUGGUGUGCUGGCUUCCUAAGGACACCACCGCGUCUGGAUCCUGCCUGGCUUGCCGUGAAUUCUGAUGGGUCUGCGAGUUGUGUGAUGGGCGGGGAGGUGGUGUGCUGGUUUUGUUUGGUUUGGUUUUGGUUUGUCUGUGAACGGAAAAUCUGAUGUGACACCUUAAAGGCCAGCCCACGAGUGGCAGUACUCGGUUCCGUCUCUGCUCUCAGCCUUGAUGGGAGGUGGCCUGGCGCUGCCGCCGUUGCAGCUGGGGUUCCUCCGCCCCGGGGUCUUUCAUGUGCAUCCAGGGCGCUCCAAGUGCCACUCAGUCAGCAAGACCAAAGGCCAGAAGGUCGCCAGAGCUGAGCUGGCGCUGGGGGAGAGAGGCAGGCUGCUCCAGCCGGCUGCCUUCCUCCGAGGUGGAUCCUGAGCACUCUGCACCAGCCUCCACGCCCCUCCAGGUCCUUUCUCAGUGGCUGCUCCGGAGUGUAAUUUCACGUAGCAGUGACUUACUUGAAAGCAUCGUACGGAGCCGCAGAGGGUGUGAGAGCAGAUUGGAGAGGUGGGAGCCCUGGCUGCCGAUGGCUCCAGCCGGCGCAAGUGUGGAAAGCUUACUCCAGGAAAAGUGGAAUAGUCACGGCGCUGGCUGGCUGCUUUAGGCGGGGUCCUUGGUGAACUUUGUCAUGGUUAUUUAAGGAACCUCGCCUAGAAGUCCCAACUCACAGUUCCCCAUCGACGGGAAGGCCUGGACUCCAAGAUGAUUAUAAAGGAAUAUCGGAUUCCUCUGCCGAUGACCGUGGAGGAGUACCGCAUCGCUCAGCUGUACAUGAUACAGAAGAAGAGCCGCAACGAGACGUAUGGCGAAGGCAGCGGCGUGGAGAUCCUGGAGAACCGGCCAUACACAGACGGCCCUGGCGGCUCCGGGCAGUACACCCACAAGGUGUACCACGUGGGCAUGCACAUCCCAGGCUGGUUCCGCUCCAUCCUGCCCAAGGCGGCCCUGCGGGUGGUGGAGGAGUCCUGGAACGCCUACCCCUACACCCGAACCAGGUUCACCUGCCCUUUUGUGGAGAAAUUCUCCAUCGACAUUGAAACCUUUUAUAAAACCGAUGCUGGAGAAAACUCCAAUGUGUUCAGCCUCUCGCCUGUGGAAAAGAACCAGCUGACGAUCGACUUCAUCGACAUUGUCAAAGACCCUGUGCCCCCCAACGAGUAUAAGAUAGAAGAGGACCCCAAGCUGUUCCAGUCGGUCAAGACCCAGCGGGGGCCGCUGUCUGACAACUGGAUCGAGGAGUACAAGAAGCAGGUCUUCCCCAUCAUGUGCGCCUACAAGCUGUGCAAGGUGGAGUUCCGCUACUGGGGCAUGCAGUCCAAGAUCGAGAGGUUCAUCCACGACACCGGCCUGCGGAGGGUGAUGGUGCGGGCCCACCGGCAGGCCUGGUGCUGGCAGGACGAGUGGUACGGGCUGAGCAUGGAGCACAUCCGCGAGCUGGAGAAGGAGGCGCAGCUCAUGCUGUCCCGCAAGAUGGCCCAGUUCAACGAGGAGGACGAGGGGGCCGCUGAGCUUGCCAAGGACAAGGCCACCCAGGACCAGGCCUCCAGGGAGCCCCCCGAGCCCAGCAGCAGCAACGGGGAGCCCCUGGUGGGGCGGGGCCUGAAGAAGCAGUGGUCUACGUCCUCCAAGUCGUCCCGCUCAUCCAAGCGGGGAGCCAGCCCUUCCCGCCACAGCAUCUCAGAGUGGAGGAUGCAGAGCAUCGCCAGGGACUCGGACGAGAGCUCGGACGACGAGUUCUUCGAUGCCCACGAGGACCUGUCCGACCAGGAGGAAAUGUUCCCCAAAGACAUCAGCAAGUGGAGCUCCAAUGACCUCAUGGACAAAAUCGAGAGCCCAGAGCCAGAGGACUCACAGGACGGCCUGUACCGCCAGAGCACCCCUGAGUUCACGGUGGCCUCCAGCGUGGAGCAGCUGAACAUCAUCGAGGAUGAGGUCAGCCAGCCGCUGGCCGCGCCGCCCUGCAAGACCCACGUGCUGCUGCUGCUGCUUCACGGAGGCACCCUCCUGGACACGGGCGCUGGGGACGCCGGCUCCAAGCAGGGCGACGCCAACACCAUCGCCAGCGUGUUUGACACGGUCAUGCGCGUGCACUACCCCAGCGCCCUGGGCCGCCUCGCCAUCCGCCUGGUGCCCUGCCCGCCCGUCUGCUCAGAUGCCUUCGCCCUGGUCUCCAACCUCAGCCCCUACAGUCACGACGAAGGCUGUCUGUCCAGCAGUCAGGACCACAUCCCCCUGGCCGCCCUGCCCCUGCUGGCCACCUCCUCGCCCCAGUACCAGGAGGCGAUUGCCACAGUGAUUCAGCGGGCCAACCUCGCCUAUGGGGACUUCAUCAAGUCCCAAGAGGGUGUGACCUUCAACGGGCAGGUCUGCCUGAUCGGGGACUGUGUCGGGGGCAUCCUGGCGUUUGAUGCCUUGUGCUACAGCAACCAGCCGGUGUCCGAGAGUCAGAGCAGCAGCCGCCGCGGCAGCGUGGUCAGCGUGCAGGACGCUGACCUGCUGUCCCCGGGCAUCCUGGUGAACGCGGCACACUGCUCCAGCAGCGGUGGCGGUGGUGGUGGCGGUGGUGGUGGCAGUGGUGGCAGCUCCAACCUGGAGAACAGCCGGCACCUGAGCCGCAGCAACAUCGACAUCCCCCGAGGCAACGGCACCGAGGACCCCAAAAGGCAGCUGCCCCGCAAGAGGAGCGACUCGUCCACCUACGAGCUGGACACCAUCCAGCAGCACCAGGCCUUCCUGUCCAGCCUCCACGCCAGCGUGCUGAGGACCGAGCCCAGCACGUACCGCUCGAGCAGCUCCACCAUGCUGGACGGCACGGGGGCCCUGGGCAGGUUUGACUUCGAGAUCACCGACCUCUUCCUCUUCGGGUGCCCUCUGGGGCUGGUCCUGGCCUUGAGGAAGACCAUCAUCCCAGCCCUGGAUGUUUUCCAGCUGCGGCCAGCCUGCCAGCAGGUCUACAACCUCUUCCACCCCGCGGACCCGUCCGCCUCCCGCCUGGAGCCCCUGCUGGAGCGGCGCUUCCACGCCCUGCCGCCCUUCAGCAUCCCCCGCUACCAGCGCUACCCGCUGGGGGACGGCUGCUCCACGCUGCUGGUCGAGACCGUGCAGAGAAACCCUGAGCUGGUCCUGGAGGGUGGCCCCCCUGGCCCUCUCCCCCACGGGGACGGCUUCCUGGAAACCAGUAUCCCCGUUCCCGCGCCCACCUGGCAAGACGGGCCCCGCCCGAGCCCGGGCUGUGCUGAGUCGGACGCGCUCCAGACCCACAACACGGUCUUCCAAGAGCACGCAGCCCCCUCCUCACCCGGAGCAGCCCCCACCAGCCGCGGCUUCCGCCGAGCCAGCGAGAUCAGCAUCGCCAGCCAGGCGUCGGGCGUGGCCGAGAGCUACACGGCGUCCAGCAUUGCCCAGAUUGCUGCAAAGUGGUGGGGCCAAAAGCGGAUCGACUACGCCCUGUACUGCCCCGAUGCCCUCACAGCCUUCCCAACGGUGGCCCUGCCCCACCUCUUCCACGCCAGCUACUGGGAGUCGACGGACGUGGUCUCCUUCCUGCUGAGACAGGUCAUGAGGCACGACAACUCCAGCAUCUUGGAGCUGGACGGGAAGGAGGUGUCAGUGUUCACCCCCUCAAAGCCAAGAGAGAAAUGGCAGCGCAGGAGGACCCACGUGAAGCUGCGGAACGUCACCGCCAACCACCGGAUCAAUGACGCUGUCGCCAACGAGGACGGCCCGCAGGUUCUGACGGGCCGGUUCAUGUACGGGCCCCUGGACAUGGUCACGCUGACGGGGGAGAAGGUGGACGUGCACAUCAUGAUGCAGCCGCCCUCGGGCGAGUGGCUCUACCUGGACACGCUGGUGACCAACAGCAGCGGGCGCGUCUCCUACACCAUCCCUGAGACACACCGCCUGGGCGUGGGGGUGUACCCCAUCAAGAUGGUGGUCAGGGGAGACCACACGUUUGCCGACAGCUACAUCACGGUGCUGCCCAAGGGCACGGAGUUUGUGGUCUUCAGCAUCGACGGCUCCUUUGCCGCCAGCGUGUCCAUCAUGGGCAGUGACCCCAAGGUGCGGGCCGGGGCCGUGGACGUGGUGCGGCACUGGCAGGACCUGGGCUACCUCAUCAUCUACGUGACGGGCCGGCCCGACAUGCAGAAGCAGCGGGUGGUGGCGUGGCUGGCCCAGCACAACUUCCCCCACGGCGUGGUGUCCUUCUGUGACGGCCUGGUGCAUGACCCACUGCGGCACAAGGCCAACUUCCUGAAGCUGCUCAUCUCCGAGAUGCACCUGCGCGUGCACGCGGCCUACGGCUCCACCAAGGACGUGGCCGUCUACAGCGCCAUCAGCCUGUCCCCCAUGCAGAUCUACAUCGUGGGCCGGCCCACCAAGAAGCUGCAGCAGCAGUGCCAGUUCAUCACGGACGGCUACGCGGCCCACCUGGCCCAGCUGAAGUACAAUCACCGAGCACGGCCGGCCCGCAACACGGCUACCCGCAUGGCGCUGCGCAAGGGCAGCUUCGGCCUGCCAGGCCAGGGCGACUUCCUGCGCUCCCGGAACCACCUGCUCCGCACCAUCUCGGCCCAGCCCAGCGGGCCCAGCCACCGGCACGAGCGGACGCAGAGCCAAGCGGAGGGCGAGCAGCGCGGGCAGCGCAGCAUGAGCAUGGCGGCCGGCUGCUGGGGCCGCGCCAUGACUGGCCGCCUGGAGCCGGGGGCAGCCACAGGCCCCAAGUAGGGCACCAUGAGUCCUGCACUGGGGUCUCCAUGGUGCUAGGCCAGGGUGGCCAGCCCAGCCAGGAGGCCUGGCCUGGGCACACGCAGGCGCUGGAGACAAGCACAGACGUGGGCCUGGGAGUUUGUCCCACGGCCCCUCUAGGACACAGGCCAUGACACAUAGUCCUCCUAGCCCUGCCUCAUGUCCUUAGGGUCUCAGGGGUCCAGCUUGUCGUGGAAGCUGCGGGACCACCAGCCCCAGGAUGACAGAGGGGCUAGGACCCCCGCCAGAGGCUGGCCUGGCUCUCUGGGACUUCUUGCCCUGCGUGGAUUUCCCGCAUCCUGGUGCCUGGUGUGGGCCAAGGCCUAGCCUGCGACCUCCCUGCCACCGGCUCACCUCACCCCAGACCCUCCCGUUUGGUAGCAGCUCCAUCAGGGGCCAGCCUGCUUCUUGUUAACUCGAGCGACUCAACUGUUCAACCUCACUGGUUUUGCACUGAUUUUUGAGAGCGGUGACCCAUUACCAUCUUCUGUGGCUACGGACCCGUUGACAUGCAUGAAAAUUCAGAUUUGCUGACCCAGGACCUCGGACCACGCCAAGGCUCCAGUGCAGCAAAUCCUUGUGCAAGCAGGAAACAAAGGCCAUCAUCUUCCCUCUGCAGCCCGGACCCCUGCCCUCUGUCCGCUUGCCCCACCAGGAGCCCAGGCCGGCCUCAGACCUGGUACCGUUUCCGCCCUGGGCACAGCCCAGGCGCAAGGCUGCGAAGGCCGGCCGCCUCUUCCACACCUUGCCGUCAGCCGAGGCCCCUGCAACGGCCGCCGCCCACCCACGUUUCUACGCCUUUCUACUUCUCAAUCUGAUUUCUAUGAGGUUUUUUUAAACGAGCAAUCCUUGGCUGCUUCCUUUUCUUAACUCUGAGUACCAAGCGCAGCCCUUCCACACUGGAAACACCCAGCACUGUGACGGAGUCCAGCCUGGCUCCGGGGCGUGGGCUCCGGCCUCACCCAGCCCGGCAGUCCCACUGAAUUUCUACUCUGGGGUGGGCGGGGCUCAUUUAGGUUUUUUUAAUGCCAAUUCCGUUUCAAUGCCGAAUCUAAGAAGCCACAACUUGCUUCGUCAGCUUGAGGGCAGGUGGCUCCGACUCGUGUCUCACCUGAGCAAGGACCGUGCCGUCAGGCACGCCGGUCCCAGCAUCAGCACCCCAGCCCCCCGCCAGCCCCGGCCCUCAGCGCGGCCUCAGCUGUGGCGCUCAGCUGCCGGCUCCCGGCUGCUCCCCACCUCCCUGAGGUGCGAGAGCCUGCCCGGCCUUGCCAGCCAUCCAGCAACCAGGCCUGUCCCCGAGAAGCGGCGGCCAACCUGGGUCCGGCCUCGGGGCCGCGUGGAUGGGCCGGGGAGGUGCACAGAUCGAUGUUCCUUUUCCCUGUGUGUAGAUAUGUACAGCUGAAGGGUCGUGUAAAUGUUCUGCAAAAGUGGGUCUAUACAGAGUGAAAGCUAUUUAUUUUGUGCAGAGAGGGAUGGAAGCUUCAGGGUUUAUUCAUAUUUAAGAUGUAGCUUUUUGUUGUUGUUUUGGGCGUUAUGUAUAAAGCAAUGAUUAUUUUACGGACCAAGUUUUCACAUAACUGUUGCAGUGGAAGUGCAAUAUCCGACCCCCCUGCUCCCCAGCGGGAAGUCGCUUGGCCUGACAAUCACAGCCCCGGCCAGGGGCUCCUGUGGCCGGUGCUUCUCCUCUCCCCGCCCUGCCUCACCCUGUCCUGCCUCUGCCUCGGUGACCAGCCAUCUGGAGAAGCACUUGGAAGAGGCCUGGGCCUCCUGCAAUAAGGGUCGGGAGGCCCCGUGGGCAGUGGGCUCGGCCUCUCCCCAGGGGCAGCUCCCCGCAGCCCCACGCUCCCCACCCGCCUGCCCAGCCGCCAGCCAUGCCAAGGACAACAGCAAUAGUCCCCUGGGCCUCUCCCAGCGGCCCCUAGCCAUAGGUGGUGAGAUGGGCAGCCCACCCUCCCCACGCAAGUCUCUUCCGUAUCCAGGUCUGCUUCCUGCCUCCCUAAGAUUCCUUUUGGCACAUUCUCCUCUUGAGAAAGGACCAGUUUCUCAGAAACUAAGAGAGGAGGGCAACGUCCUUUAAAAAUACCAAAAAUGUUUACAGUGUCGGGUGCUGAGCCACAGGGCUCAGGCCUGACCAGUCAUAACCAAAGGGUGAGGCAGGCCUUGCUGACUGCCACCCCCACCUGGGCCUGUUAGAAUAGAAGCCUUAGUCCCACGCCCCCACGCCCCCUGGACUGAGCCUCCGCCCACCCCAGCUCCCACCACCUGCCUUCUCUUUGAUUUCUACAGAGGGAUUCAGCAGAGCCCCCACCCCUUCCUGGCUCAGUCUGAGCUGCCGCCGCCCGGCGCAGUCUCCCAUGGCCCCUCCCAUCUGUCCGUGUGCCGUCUGUCUCUCUGGGCCACGUGUGAGCGGUGUCCUGACUUCCCACACACCCUUGCUGUCUCUGCAUCCCUGGGCCUGAGUGUGCUCUGUAUACAGCGUCACUGUCUGUUAUUCCAAUUAAAGAAGCAGGAAGGCUUC